AUGGGUAAGCUACGCGCGGGCAUGCACAAGAUCCUAUACGAGAACAACGUCGAGGCCGGCAUGGUCGAGAAGGAACAGAAGACGCUGGUCACAUACCUGGUGGAUGGUCUAGCACCGAACAGUUUCCGCCAAGCCGUCAAGACACAGCUGUCCCAGCCUCCCGAGAACGCUCCUCGAAGCCCUAGUCUGGGACGGAAGUGCAGCACAAGCAGCAAGACGGGCAACAACGGCAGCUACGCCCAGCCAGUAGCCCGCCAAGUAACAGUGGGGCGACAGGAAACUUACUCAGGACCGGCGGGUCAGAUCACGCCCGAUCCUCAACGCUGCUUCAUAUGCAACUCUGUCAACAACUUGGUGAAGAACUGGCCUGUCACCAAGGGAGAUACGAGUUUUCCUUCCUCGUGUGGCGGGAAGAACAAGGACACGAUCAUCGCGCUUAUCAACGACCAGCUUCCGAGCACAGGGCUGCUUUACUCUGGCGCAGAUGAUUCGGUCGUGGGACUGGGCCUGGCCCAGGCGCUGGCUGCGCGAGGAGCGCCCAUUGACAUCAUGACGGCUGACACCCCGACACUGUUUUGCCCUGCUGGGGGUAGUAUUGUACGGAUGACGCGCCAGGUAUCUCUCGAUAAGAUCAAGAUGGAGACAUCGACCGGAAUUUUGGUGCUGCGAAGGGUCAAGCGCUGA